AUGGCCGACCACGAGACCGAAGAGGCCAAGCGCCUGAUCCUCGCACGACGAGCCUCUGUCCAGAGCAAGAGCAGCGAACAAUCCUUCGGUCGUCUCCGUACCCGAUCACGGACAUUCUCCAACUCACAGAAACCCUUCACCUACCAAGAAAUCAACCAAGUUCUCGACGAGGUGGUGGAUGCAAAUGGGCCCGUCGGUGUGAUCAAGGCCCUCCUGGCACUCGGAGCCGACGUCAACUUUUCCAAGAGGAGGAGCGUGGACACCUGGAGCAAGCUGACGGGCAGGAAAAAUGAAGGCUGGCGCAGCGAUAUCCUCAUCCGAGCAACCGUCCGAUGUCCCUCCGAGACUGUCUAUGCCAUCGCCCACCAGGCCGACCAGGAGAAUCUCGAUGGAGCUUUGCACCAUGCCAUGCUGAGGGGUAACCUUGCCGUCCUGCAGGCUUUACUGGAUCACGGCGCGAAUCCCGUUCAGCUUCAUGAUGACUUCCUCGAGCUCAUAUCCCGCAACCAAGUCGAUCUUGUACAGGCCAUCCUCGCUGGCCAUCGACUUCCCUGCCUUACAUGCCGAUCUAGCGGGCUGAGGAUAGCCGCAAAGAACGGGUCGUUGGAAAUAGUCAGUCUGCUACUGAAGUGUUGGGCAGAUGUCAACCAUGAUGGAGGAGCCGCGUUGGUGGCAGCUGUGGAAGCCCGCCGUCCCGAUUUAGUCGCAGUUCUCAUCUCUGGCCCGGUUCAACCCUCACCUCGUUCUUUGGAUGCUGCUCUUGGCAGAGCCCACAAGGCAAUGGUGGCUCGCUCGACCGAAGAAGACCGGGAAAUCAUCGAAAUGUGUCUGUCUGCAGGUGCUGCAGGAGAGGAGACGACUCGGCUGGUGACGGAAGGCGUCGUGGCUGCUGUGCGGACAAGACACAUCCAGUUGCUAGACACGGUCCUCAGGGUCAAGAGGCCACCACCUCAGUAUGAAGCAAUGGCCAUGGUGGAUGCAGUCAAGGCGGAGCAUAUUGAUGUUCUGAGCAAGCUGCUUGUACUGAAACCGCAGCCCAGGAGUCUCAUGCUUGCGGUUUCACAAGCCGUGGAAAUUCAUAACCGACAGACGCGUCACGAUAUCGCCCAGAUCCUCAUCGAUUCGGGUGCUCAGGGGCCAUGUACGGCGGAGGCGUUGGUCAAGGUCGUCAAGAUAAUUAUUACCGAGCCCGGAAUGCCCAACAAGACUUCUUCGGAUCGAGCGAUGGACAAAAAGCUGUUCCGUCUUUUACUUCAGCAAGGAAAGGCGGAUGUGAACUAUGGAAAUGGCGAAGCUUUGCAGAUUGCUGUUCAGAAGCCGUGCCCAGAGAUUGCUGAAGAGAUUGUUGGUCGGGAACCAUCGCCCGAAGCCUUGGGUGCUGCCUUGCCGUGGGCAAUGGACCUGGUCAACCCGCGUGCCAGGGAGUCGAUGAUUGGACUUUUGCUUCGAAAGCAGAUCAACGAGGAUGCUGUAGGAAAGGCCUUGGUUCAGGCCUUCAAGGAAGGGCCUGAUAAUGGGCAAUUGCUACUCACUCGCGCGUCUGUGAACCAUAACAAUGGCGAAGUGUUUAUUUUCGCCAUCCGCCAAUACCGACCCGAGACGUUCCGCAUGCUCCUCGACCAAGGGAUAAGCUACAAGGCGCUUUUCACCGCGAUCAACGAAGCGCUCAAGACUUCCAGGACAAGCAGGCGAGCGGUUUUUGCUGAUCUUAUUGGGCGUCUGCAGUUUGACCAUCUAAACACGGCUUUGAAGCACGUCAUCCUCGAGGCCGACACGGACCUUCCUCUGGCCAAAUCACUACUCGAAGCAGGAGCUGAGGCUACGCACGAGAACGGUGUCUGCAUUAAGAAUGCUGCCUCCAAUCUCGACCGCGAUACCCUCGGUCUCCUAACAGAGUACUCUGGCACUCAUGACAGCAUCUUCACGCAAUCCAUGGCCGGUGUCGUCAACCGUGGCAAGCAGUGGAUUGCCUUUGAGCACGUCGAGGUCAUGGAGCUCCUCGUUCGGGGAGGGGCCUCUACCCAGGUGAUCAACAAGGCCGUGGUGGAAGUCAUUGACACUCUCGCUUGUAAGCAGUCACAGAUCGAUCUGGCCAACAGAUUCCUCGACAUCUUCUUCGCUGCCGGCGCCGAUGUCAACUGCGAAAACGGAAAGCCGGUUGGGAUCGCCGCCAGCCGUGGUGAUCCGGUGCUUCUUGCGCGGCUGCUGAGCAACGGUGCGUCCUCGAUGACUUCUACGCACGCUCUUUCUACCGCUAUCAUGGCGCAUCAUGAAGAAAACCUCUUGCUACGCUUGAUCGACGUCUUUGCGGAUAGACGGACUGCGGCGCCGGAUGUUAACCAGUCAAUUCCGGGGAUGCCGUCGCCGAUCUUCCUGUGCCUCAAAUCCUAUCCCAAGUCUCUGGACUUGUUGGAUAGUCUGGUUGGUGCCGGGUGUGAUCUUGAGUCUACUGUGUUGUCGGAUGUUUGCCCUGAGGAGGAGUCGACUGAGAAGAAGGUUCGGGCUGGAAGUUUCGAUGAGCCAGUUACCGUCUUGUUGUGGACUCUUUUGCUCAGAAAUAGCCAGAUUGAUCCAGCUGUGGUUAAUGGGCUUGUUCGUCACGGUGCCAACAUCGCGUAUGCGACGCCGAGAACUCACACUACGGCUUUAAUGUUGGCGGUCAAGUCAGGGAGGUUUGAAGCUGUGCAGACACUCCUCGAUGCUGGUGCCAAAGUCCAUGCCAAAGACAGCCAGGGACGUUCCGCCUUGUACAUCGCUGCCAGGCUGGGCAAUGCGGACAUUGUGGCUGCAUUACUGAGGAUCAAUCCUUCCAUGAACGAUGGCAGUCUUCAUGAGGCAUCACGCAAUCUUCAUGUCGAUGCAAUGCGCCUCUUGGUUGAAUGCGGACACGAUCCCAACUACAGAUCAAGCAAGCACGACGGACGUACCGCCUUCGGCGAGAUGGCCCUCAAGGCUACGGUGCCUCGUGAUAUCACCAUUGCUGAGGAGGCCGUCGAAAUCCUCUGUACUGGUGGUGCUAGCCCUUUGCUCAAGACCAAUGACAAGACCAUCCUCUUCCUGGCCUUGGACAACAUGGACAACGAAGCGAUGACUCGUCUACUCCUAGACAAGCAUUUGUAUCGGAUCUUGAACACUCCGGAGAACAUGUAUGUGGAGGAUAUCUACCACUACUCGCCCACGAUGUAUGUAAAGAAGGGCAUGCUUCAGGGACCAAGGACCGCCGGUCUUAUCGAGAUCCUGGAGGGUCAUGGCGGUGAGGACCGUUACUACGCUACCAUGGAACAGAAACAGCCACACGAUGCCGUCGGUAUGCCCGAGGAAAUCCAGCAGUUUGAGCGGGAGCGCCGCGCCCGGGAGCGACGUAUCCGGGAACAAGAGGAAGAGCAUGCCGCCGCCCUGCGCCGCGAAUUUGAAAAGGCCAAGACGGUCGACGUGAUCGAAGACCUGCACCACGACCGCUCAUACCGACACUAUGAAAACAUCUCCGACCAGCACCGGCGAAACAAGUACCUCGAUCACCAGACCGAAAUCACCAUCAAGACUGAAGCCGCCCUCGUCGACAACUCCCUCAAGCUGCAGGGCGCCAAUGUCGACGGCACGAUCCAAUGGCAGCACCACAACAACCACAUGGUCAUGGGCGUCAACGCCGCCCAUGUCCAGCGCGACAUCCGUAUUCAGCGGCACGCAGUCGACAUGAACAUCGGCCGCGAAGCCGCUCAUCUCAACCGGUCCAUCGCCAUACAGCACCACAACGACGGGAUGGUCAUGGCCUCUCAACAGCGCGGCACCGCCCUUGCGCACAUGCGCCACGAACACCGGCAGGUGAUGCAGCAACGGAAGGACCACGGGAUGCUGAACCGCGUCCAUGCCGAAAACCGGCACGCAUUUGAGAUGCACGCCGGUGCCCAGCGCCAUCGACAGGCGCUAAACCACCAGCGGUCGGCUCAUCAGCUGGGCGUGAGGAAUCGCGCGGAGCAUUAUAACCAAGGGUUGGAGUUCCAGGGGAGAGCUCAACAAAUGCAUGAGAGACAUAUUGAGGCCAUUCAUCAGAAGCAUAUGAUGCUGGCGGGGGCGAAGCAUACGAUGAAUAUGACGGAGUUGGGGGCGCAGAGGGGAAAUAUUAUUGGGCAGACUAAUUUGAAUGAGUUGAGGCAGUGGUCGGCGGCUGGUGGACGUGGUGGUGGUGGCAGUGUUGGAUAUGGAGGGGGGGAGAGUGCAGCUGUUGAAUUGAGAUGA